UAUUUUCUCGAUGGCACCUGUAGAGGGCGUCACUAAUCAUAACACAAAUAUGGCUUCCGAUGUCAGUAAGUCACGGUUGGAUUUUACAGAAGAAGAAAUAAGAAAGGAACUCUUUCGGUAUGGCAUCAAAGAUAUCAACCAAAGUAGUUUAUGUCAAUUUCAAAAAGAACUUAAGAAUUUGGUGAAAAAAAUAACCUCAAGUUCUCUUCGUAAUGUUGAUAAAUCCACUUCGAUUUCGUCUUCUUUCAACAACAUAACUGACACUUGUUUGAAAAUGUCUCCAUCGUCUCCUCCAGAACCCAUUUCUAUAACUUCUCCAUCGUUUACAUCACGAACUGCCAAGAACGUUGACGAUAAGUCGUGUCUGCCUCAUACAGGCGAUCGUCGUUCUGUUAAUUCCAUGGACCCGUCGUCUGUUACCGUUUCUCACAAUCGGCCCCAGAACACAGCUGAAAGUUCCCAAUUGUUCAACAGUGCCAAUAAGGUGGAUGGUCACUCGGAAAUGACACUUAGCCAUCAAUACACACACACUCAACAGCCACUGACUAAUCGAUCGGAAACGGAACAUGAAAAACAGGAGAAUCUCCUUCGAACUUUCGCCAGAACAAACGUUCCGCAGCCAAACCAGGUAAAUAGUUUUGAUAAACCCAAGAACAAAGAAAACGUUUGGACUCGUCAUAUUGCACCUUCGUCAUCUUCCUCCUCCCUCUCAUCACAAGAAUCCGUCCCCAAACCAUCACAAAUCGACACCGGAAAACCUCCACUGCUAAACACUCAUGUUACCAAGAGGAAGGUCUCCCGCAAAGGCCCCGAUGGUAAACGUUAUAUCGACAAAAGUGAGUCUGUGUGUAGUAUCAGUACCACAAGUAGUAUCUGUGGCAGUUGCUGUAGCAGUAUCGUUGACCCUGCUGAGUACCAGAAUCGUCUGAGAGAGAUAACAAACAGAGACGGCCAAUUCUGUCAGAGAUCCCAAAGUUCUUGUGAUAGCCGGUUCAGGUCCUCAAUUAUAGUUACUCCAACACCGCCGAGGCUGAAGAAAAACAGAAAGACAGACCCCGUGAGCAGGUUCCACGAAUUUCAGAACUACUGGAACAUGCACAAGCCUCCCGGUGAAAAUAAUCACAACGCCCUUCGGUGGAGCAUUAAAGAGAAAAUUGCCAAACACGACGUCAUUGGAAGCCGUCCACGGAAAACUUUCGUGCCCAAUAAUUAUGUGAUACCCUCACAAAAACCGAGACAUUCUCUUCGAUGGCAGGUACGGACUGAUCUUGCCUAUGGUGUCAUGCCGUCCACCAGAUAUAACGACAAUUAAGGACGUUUUCCUCUAUGUGUGUGAUUUUCGUUUGCAUCUGUUCAUUCUUCGUAUACUUAGUUGUACAAAUUAAGUUGAUAUAUAUAUAUAAAUCAAGUUGAUGUAUAUAUGUUGAUUUGUUCAAAUUAAGUUGUAUAUAUUUUGAUGUGUGUACAAACUUUGUAAAUAUCUCUAAAUGUAAAAACAAGUUUUUCACCAGAACGAACGCAUUUAAUAGAAACAACAAAAAUUGUAUAAUAUACAAUGUAUUUAUAUUUCUA